AUGAAUGCAAUCGAUUUAAAUGAAGGAAUUGACAAUCUUAGUGAAAUGCGACACAUCGUUAUUGUGUUUAGCAACUUCGUCGUGCCUUACAAAACUCCAAAUGAAUUUGUAGUAAUAGUCGACAAUAUAUUCAAGAAACUCAGCGAGAUAGUCAUUAAUUACGAAGGAAUUGUUAACAAAGUUAUCCUUUUUGACAAGGAUAUGAUGUUUCUCGUAAUUUUCGGACUUCGAGGACUUAAGCAUGAAGUAGAAGCAAGAAUUGGGCUUAGCUGUGCUUCAGAAUUUCAUAAAACAUUUAAAUCAUGGCCGGAAAUAAAAUCAGUUUCAAUUAGUGUUACUUCAGGGAUGACUUAUUGUGGUGUUGUUGGUCAUGCAUUACGAAGAGAAUAUACAGUCAUAAGUUUGACUGUAAACAAGGCAGCUCGAUUAAUGAUUGCCUAUCCAGCUAUUAUAAGUUGUGACCAAGAAACUGUUCUUCUAAGUCGAAUGCCUUUGCAUAACUUCAAAAUUCUAGAGAAGAAAUAUAUGAAAGGAUUGGAUAGCAAUAUAAUCGCUUAUCAAUUCAAUGAAAUCUUUGAUGAUGCUGAAAAUGGUCAUAUUCCAGUAAAAUAUAAUUUUCCACUUCUUGGUAGGGAUGAAUUACUUGAAUUGGCAGCAAAUCUCUUACGUCUAGCAAUUUCACUUCACAACCAAAGAAAUGUAACAGAUUUAGAUAUUUUGCAUAAUUGUCUGAUUAUUGAAGGAGAUCCACAACAAGGAAAGACCAGAAGUUUGAAUCUGUUGGAUGAAGUUGAAAUUGAUAAAGCAAGAAGAGAAAUUUUUAAGGUUCUCUGUGUUCAAACAUUUAAAGAAUUUUCAGUCAUUUUUAUCGAUAGCAUCGAUUUCAUUGAUGUGGAAUCUUUCGCAUUGAUUGAAUGUUUGCUGACUAUCAAAUCAAUCUUCGUGUUUGCCACGAUGGGUCAUCAGAAACGAUUGAGUGGCGAACAAAGAAAAUUUCUUUGUGAAACGAAUAUUAUGCAUUAUCGAUUGAAGCCACUAGAUACAGCUAUACAAAAUCAGCUGGCAUGUCUUUAUUUUCAAGUGUCUGCUCUAUCAUUUGAACUCGAAAACUAUUUUCGUAAGAAUAGUAAUGGGAAUCCAGGAUGGAUUGAAAAGUGCUCAAAAUCAUUAGUACAAAAUAACCAAAUACAUAUUGAAAGCAUGACUCUAGCUGAAGUUCAUCAGAAGGGUUUCUUUUAUUAUGAAGAACAUGCUGAAUUAAAAAGUUCUCAUGAAAAAGAUUCAAUUCAAUUUGAAAGGAAUUUCCUUGAUAAAUGUUAUAGCAAUAGAAUGGAGAACGAAAACUUGAAAAAUUCUAUUGUGAAAGUUGCUAUGCUACUGGAAAGUCUUUUAUCUCCAAAUGAAUUCUCGUUGAGCACAAAAUAUGAAAAUGAUUUGAUGAUUUUCGAUUCUUUAUUGCCAUAUGAGCAAGUCGUAUGUAAAUGUGCAGCUGCUAUAGGAACACAAUUUAAGCGGGAAAUGUUGCAUUACGUACUAUCAAGUAGCACAUCGAGAAUGAUCGGAAAAUCAAUCACGAAACUUUUUGAGCUUCAUAUUUUUUCGUGUGCUUCAUCUUUCAUUGAUUGUCAUACAAACAUAAUUGAUGAGAAUGAAUCAAUUAAAAGAAUCAAUUGUAAUUGUGACAACACAACCAUUUUUCGUUCAUGUCGAGAUCUUCCAAACUAUGCAAGUUGCAAAGCUUUAAAAUUUCAACGAGAAGAUUUCCAAAAUGUUGUUUAUCAAUCUUUAACUGAAAAGCAACGAAUGGAUUUUCACAAAAAAUCUUUGAUUUUUCUACAUUUAGAAACAAAAAGAUGUUCUGCUUGUGGCAGUGGAAAAUUUUCAGAACUUCAAAUUGAAAAUUUUGAUUUUCAAUUCCAUGAUGGAGUUCAAUUGAUUGAUGACACUUCAAUAGAUAGAAUGAUGAAUUAUUUUAAUUCUAUCCAAAUACCUGUGACAAAUUUAAAUAUUAAUAAAUCAAUAUUUAGGAAUUUUCCAAAAUUUCAUAAGAAUGAAGUCAAAGUUCGUCCAAUUCUAUUGAAUUUCUUAGAAUAUGAUUUUCGAUCGUGCAAUUGCAAUCAAAUUCUUUACUCAACUUAUAACAAUCUCUUAAGACAUUGUCACUCAAAUGAUACUAAGCUGAAACUCAUUGAGUUCAAAAUCAGACUUGCAAGUUUGUGCAUUGAUUCUUGUAAUGUUCCACAUGCUAAAAUUUUAUUAGUGGAAGCAACAAAUUUAAUAAAAAUUUAUCAACAAGGAAAAGAUUCUCUCUAUGAAGUUUAUCUUAACUCAAAAGCUACAAUGUUACAAGGAAAAUGUGCUUUGAAGAUGAUGCAGCCAGACAAAGGAAUUGAAAAUAUUAUCGCAGCUUGCAAAUUACUUAAAAUCAGCUUUCCACUCUCAUUUGGCUUGAAAGAAAAGAUUAAGCUCAAGAUUCUUAUAAGAAACAUUAAAAAAUAUUUAAACGUCACUGAGCCUCAAAAUUGUUCUGCACUCAAGGAACUUAUAACAAUUCAAUCGUCGGAAAUCUUGAAAUGUAUUUUCGAAUUUCUCUUUGAACGAAAGCAAUAUGACCUUGCAAAAUUGGCUGCUUUUUGGAGCUUGGAAAAGAUUUUAAAGCUGAAAAAAAUUGCAAGAAAUGAAUUGCGACUGGCAAUGGAAGUUGGAAAGAUUGCAUUAAAUAUUUGCCUCCGAAGCCAAUCACCAUGUCUUCAAAACAAAAUCGUUCCUCCAUUGUAUCUUAUAAUGAUGAGUCUGAAACGAUUUGAUGAAGCGUUGUUAUUGCUCGAAGAGUUUCUGAGAAAUGUUAAAAUGUUGAACGAUAAAAACGGACUCACUUGGUAUCAUGCGUUGUGUUUAGACAUGCUUUUGGAUACUGGUUUCACAAUCAUCACUUAUGAUUCAUGCAACGAGUUUUACAUCAACGAAAUGACAAGCAUAGAUAAGAUUACUUCAACUGAAUCUCGUGCUCGAUUUUUUGGAAAUCUUUUACUGUAUUCUGUCAGACAAAAAGCUUUUGAAAAAGCACAAACAUGGAUGGGGAAACUUCAAUUAUGUUUUUUUCUUGAACCUUAUGGCUUCUUUAAUGAUUCUUUCACGAGCCUUAGAAUAAUGGAAUCUUUUACACUCUGCUUAGUGCAUGCAAAGGAGCACAACCUCACAAAGAUUUCAUAUUAUGAGACAGAGCUUUUAUCAAUGGCAGCAAGUAUGAAGAAUGCUUUUAAAAAAUGUUGGUGCUUCAAAGAGCGUUUCAAAUUACAGAAAGUUUAUUUGGAACUGACAAAUGAAAAUUCAGAGAGAAAUUUGGAUAAACUUGAAAACAUUCUGAAAUUAGCAUUGAAUAAUAAAAACUUUUUGUCCUAUGAUAUCAUCAAACAUAAUCAAAGAUUUUGGACAUUCAAUUUGCCACCAAAACUGCAAACAUUUUGGAUUGACAACAGCACAUCAGAGAAAGCCCUUUACUUGUCAAACUAUCCGCACAAUAGCCACAUAUUUCCAUUCUCACUCUCAAUUUCAGAGUCUGGAAAGUCCGCAUAA